AUGAUAAAGUUGCAUGAAGUACCUCCAGAACCAAUAGAGCCCACUAGUCUCCCGCAUUACGAUGGUCCGAAUACCCCCAAGGGAGAGAGUAAUUCUAAUAGAUGGAAAAAGAUAUUCGGUAUCCCGUAUCCAGUCUCUAGAAGAUCAUGUGAAAGGUUCCUUUGGAACUGCCAAAAGAUUUCAGUUCUGCCCAUGGCACUGUAUUUCCCCUUGCACGCAGCAAAUACGUUAAUCACGCCAGCAAUUUCACCUGACUCAGCUCCCGAUGAUGUAUUGAUGAUGGUAAGAGAGAUUUUGCCGUCCAUAACCACCAAGCUGUUAGUUGCAGGCAUUACUCUUCAUAUUUCCGCUGGCGUCCUGUUCCGUAUUGUGAAGAAUUGGAACAGUAUAUCAAGAAAGAAGAGCAAUCACUUUAAGAUAUCCGAAAAGCAAGAUCUAUCCCAAGACGCCAUAGGCUUAACCGGUGGAGUUUCCGGUUAUCUGUUCGGAUUAUACAAAACGUUCCGCAUUCCGCCCCAAGUGAUAAGUGGGUAUAUCCUUGUUCCCGUUCUAAUAUACCAUUUCUUGAUUAUGAAGUGGGUGCCAAAUUCUAUAUCCACUGAGGUAGACUUUGCCUCCAUAAAGCAAUUACUAUCCAGCAAAAACAUAUGGUGGAAAUGGCUUGGAGGUUUUGUGCCAUUGGUCAUUCUUAUUGAAUCAAGCGUAUAUCAUAUAGGUUCGGGUUUCUGCCGCUACCUCGGCGUCAAAAGAAUGACUGCCAGGAAGAAGUGGUCCACCACUAUCAAUUUAUUGGCACUGGUUGGGCUCGUUUCUCUGGUUAGAUUGAUGAGAGCGGAUUCUACAAAACUGGGACCCAAUCAGUUUCAAGGCAUUUUCAAAAAGAUUGAGACCCUACUGCACAUAAGAUAG